AAGGGAUUUCCUUGUGAUAGAAAAUGACGUCAUAGUAAACUUAACAAAAUGGAGGCAGUCCCCAGAAUGGAAAUGCUCUCUCUGGAGCUAAAACAAAGUUCAGAGAGGGCUGAAUUUUCAUCAGUUCUGAAAAAGUAUAUAAGUGAACAUUAUAUGGAAGAUGCAGGUCGAUAUAAUGAUGAAAUUCGACAGAUAGAGCAGUUGAGGGUGAGUGCUUGCAAUGUUGCACAGGAUUUUGGAGGUCUGAGUACUUUGAAGAAAUACUAUGGUCAGUUACACCUCCUGACCAGUCGCUUCCCAAUGGCCGAGGGAGAAGGCUGUUUCAUUCAGUUUGUGUGGGUUGAUGCAUUUGAUGACACAUUUGUGACAGAAGGCGAUGUUCACUUUGAGCAGGCGUCUAUUUUAUACAAUCUAGGCACAUUGCACGCCAUCCUCGGUGCAAGAGAAUCACGUACUUCAGAAGAAGAGAUGAAGGUUGCGUGCACACAUUUCCAAUGUGCAGCUGGUGUGUUUACAUUUCUCAAGGAUCAUGUUGGAUCAAACAAAAGCCCAGACAUAUCAACAGAACUUCUCCAAAUUUACAUAAAUCUGAUGUUGGGCCAGGCCCAAGAGUGUCUGUUGGAAAAGAGUAUGCAAGAUAAUAGGAAGAGUUCACUAGUAGCCAGAAUCAGUAGUCAAGUUAGAGACUUCUACAAGCUAGCUCUCAAAGGCCUUGAUGAUAGUAGGGCUGAUAUCAUUGUGGGAUCAAGGCGCUACAAGCAGUGGAAGAAAGUGCUACAGAUUAAGAUUGCUCAUUUUACUAGUAUUGCAUUAAUGUACAUGGGUAACCAAGCUGAAGAGCAGCAAAAAUAUGGAGACAGAGUUGCAUACAUGAAGGCUGCGCUUGAUAAACAUUUAGAAGCUGUCAAGUUAGCAAAGGGUCAAAAAGAAAGGAUUGCAGAAGCAUUAGUGUUCACCAAGGAUGUUGUAGUAGGAAAACAUGAAGCUGCUAAGAAAGAUAAUGAUUUUAUUUAUCAUGAUAAGAUACCAGAAAUUGACAGUCUUCCAGAUAUCAAAGGAGCAUCCCUUGUGAAGGCAUUGACUUUUCAACCUUAUGAUGUGACGGUUGCAGGACCAGACAUCUUCAAGAAGCUUGUACCUAUGGAGGCCCAUGCUGCAGCGUCUGUUUACAGUGAAGAAAAAGCUAAACUUUUAAGAGAAUUAGGUGCUAAGAUUGAAGAGAAAAACAGCCAAUUAGACCAGUAUCUAGAAUCAUUACAAGUUGACCAGCUGCGGUUGCAGAAGGAACCAGAAAGACUUCCACAAGUUCUUCUUGAGGUCUGUGCUGCCAUCAGUGUGAAACCUGAUGCCGUAAAGUCUCUGGUUCAGUCGAUGAACGAGCUUUCAAAUGUGGUACUAGAUGUUGAUGCGGAGCUAAAGGAAGUUCAAGCUAUCAUUGACCAGGAGAAAGAGGAGGAAGAGGCAUUUAGUAAAGAAUGUGGUACUAAACCUGAAGUGGUAACAAAAGAAAUAGUGAAAGAGCUUAAGAAAUAUAAAGAAGGCCACACAAAAGCCAGCCAAUCUAACACCGAUUUGCAUAAAGCAAUGGAGAUCCACCUGGCUAAUAUCAAGCUCUUAGGUGGUCCAUUAGAAGAACUUCAAGCUUACCUUCCAUCGCAAAAAGAUUCAGAAACAACACAAGACCAAGGCAUACAAGACACGCUCAAGAUGCUCAUCGAGAAAGUAGAGAAAAUGAAGAGUCAACGUAAACAUCUAGAAAAACAACUGAGGGAUAAGCUGCAGAAUGAUGAUAUAACAAGUGUUAUAGUUACAAAGGAUGAAGCUAAUAGGAAGCAAUUUUUUGAAGAAGAACUAGCAAAGCACCAGACGACAGUAACCUACAUAGAGCAGAACUUAUCAGCACAAGACAAUAUUUUAAAGGCAGUGACAGAGGCUAACGCAAAGUAUGCAGACACAAGGAAGAUGUCUGCUGACAUUGCAAAACGGAGAGAAGAUAAAAUUCAGGAACUAGUCAUGUCAUACACCGUUUAUGAUGAUCUACUUGCUAAAUCACACAAAGGAAUUGACUUUUACAAGAAGUUGCAGACAGGAAUUAUGAAGAUUCACACCAACUGUACAGAUAUUGUGAAGGACAGGAGAACACAGAGAAAUAAACACAUGGCCAGGUUCAAACCUAAACCAAGUGCUCACAUAGCUUCAGUGCCUAGGCAACCAGAACCUGGACCGGCUGGGCCCAAAUUGUCUGACUUCUGGAAACCCAAGACAUCUCAUAGUUCAUCUAGUUCACCAGCUAGUGGGCCUUCAAGCCCGAGUGUGUACCCAACAGCAGCUGCAGGAUUAGCAAUGCAACCAAGCUCUGUCAUAGGUGGCUUACAAUCACAACCAAGCUCUAUGCUCUCUCAGCAAACACCCUUAUCACAGCCCCAAAGCCACAUCAGUGGGCCUAGCGCACCUCCUCCAAGCCCAGCAAGGAGUAUUUCAACUACAAGGAAUACUUCAGUGCAUCAAAUGCCUGUCUCACAACAUCAUGUUCCGAUGUCUGGUGGUCAAUCACCUGCAUCUGUUAGUCAAACACCUACAUCUAUGUACCAAACACCAUCAGUGCAUCAGAUGAAUCCACCCUUGCAGCCACCUCUGUCCAUGCAACAGACACCUGUAUCAAGGCAGGCAGUGCAGCCAAUAUCUGGCUCUGUUCAUCAGCCUGUCUCUGCUCAACCACCACCUUUAUCCAUGCAAUAUCCACCUGUUUCAAGGUACCAGACACCUGUAUCUGGGAAUCAGCAACCACCUGUAUCUAUUCAGCAACAGCCAAUUCAUCAACCACCUGCAUCCAUGUAUCAACCAUCUGCAUCAAUCCAUCAGCCUACUGCAUCCAUACAUCAACCAGUUGCAUCCAUACAUCAGCCUACUGCAUCCAUACAUCAACCAGUUGCAUCCAUACAUCAACCAGCUGCAUCCGUACAUCAACCAGGUGCAUCCAUACAUCAACCAGUUGCAUCCAUGCAUCAACCAGCAGCAUCCAUGAAUCCAAUUAGUCAACAACCAACCAUCGCCCCUCAAGCUAAAUACCAGCAAAGCUACCAGCCCAACCAAAUGGUUACUCCGUCUACACAGCACAUAUUGCCCUCUAGCAGCCCAAUGCAACAGCCCUACAUCCAACAGGCCCAGUCAAUGCAUAACACACCAUAUCAGCCUCAAGGAAUGAUGCACCAAGGUCAGGUACAGAUGAAUAAACCAAGCCAGAACCAAGGUUUACCACAGCAAGCACCUACUGGUGGCAUGGCAUCUCAAGCACAAAACACUAGCAUGCAUCCUCAAGUAUAUCAAAUGCAGCAACAGCCUCAAUUCAGCCAACAGACUAUGUAUCAGACACCACAGCAAAUGGGACAGUACCAGGCUCAAUUCAUGCAACAGCGACUACCACACCCUCAGAACCAAGCAGCCAUUUUAAAGCAGACCCCAGGACAAGCAAAUGUUGCUUUCACUCAUCAUAACCAACAGCCUGCUGGACAAUACUAUCAGAAUCAAGAUGUUUCUCCAUCACAUGGUAGCCCACAGCAUAGACCCAGAGCACCACAGUAUGCCAGCAAUCAACCAACUGGUAUAAUUCAGUCUGCAGUUACAGGUACCAUGCUCCAAUCUCCCCCAAGUAGCCUAUCUCAAGUUCCUACUCAACCUGACAGUGGAGUACAAGUGCUUCAGCCAGCAGGCCUAGGCCAACAUCAUCCCAAUCAGCCAUAUGCACAACAGCAAUUGCAUGCGUACCAGAGUCAGCAAGCCACUGUAGGCAGCUAUCCACAAAGCCACCCUCACCAGGUUUCAUCUCAGAUGAAUCCUCAACCUCAGAUUUAUUCUCAACAAACUGGACAGCAAAAGCAUCCACAGACCCAAUCCCAAAAUCCACAGUUUAUGCCUACAUCUAGCCUUGGUUACCAACCAAAGCAGCACACAAACGUUGGACAACAAAUGCAACAUCAAAGCCAACAAUCAUUUCCAAAUCAGAUGACCAAUCAGCCUAUUCCACAGCAUCACCCUACUCAGUCAGUCCAACAAAAAGGGCCUCAGCAAACCCAAGGCACAUACCCAAACCAACAUUCAUUGGCUCAGCAAACCCAAGGAGCAUACCCAAACCAACAGCCAGGGGCUCAGCAAACCCAGGGCAAAUACCCAAACCAGCAGCCAGGGGCCCAGCAAACCCAGGGUACAUACCUAAACCAACCUCCAGGGGCUCAACAAUCUCAGAACACAUACCCAAACCAACAGCCAGGGGCCCAGCAAACCCAGGGCACAUACCCAAACCAACAGCCAGGGGCUCAGCAAACCCAGGGUACAUACCUCAACCAACCUCCAGGGGCUCAACAAUCUCAGAGCACAUACCCAAACCAACAACCAAGGACUCAGCAAGCCCAGGGCACAUACACAAACCAACAGCCAGGUGCUCAGCAAAUUCAGAACACAUACUCGAAUCAACAACCAAGGGCUCAGCAAACCCAGGCCACAUACCCAAACCAAAAACCAGGGGCUCAACAACCCCAGGGUGCGUACCAAAGCCAACAAACAGCCGCACAGCAAGCACCUCCCCAUUCGCAAAGCCAAAAACCAGUUCCUCAACCAAGACAAAGUUUGGGCAAGCAGUCCACUGGUCCAAAUUCAAUCCAGAAUAUCCAACAACUAGAACAACAACAACUUCAACAACCACUGCAACCGACUAAAUUCACCGGUCCAAAACAGCCAGACCUUUUAUCCACCAGCCCAGACAACCAACAAAAAUCUCUUGAAAAUGUCCUCCUUCCAAAAAAGACUGAAAGCCAGCCUGAGCCACAAGAGCGACAAAUGAGAGUUGUGAAAUUGCCAAGUGCUGAUCCUUAUGAUGAUAAAGGAGUCUUGGAUAGAUUUGUAGAAGAAGUGGAGAAACUAGAGAAGUAUGUUGAAGGACUCAACAAACAAACAUUAAGUGGACCAACAGUUAUCGAUAGUCUUUGGAAGGAAUUGAUGGAGAGUCAAGAUAGGGAUACCAGACAAUAUUCAAUAUCUGUUGCACGCUGCUACUCCAUUAAAAACAGUUUUCCUGAUUUUAUGCCUUAUGAUCAUAAUCGGGUCAAGUUAAAAGGUUUAAAGGACGACUACGUCAAUGCGAGCUACUUGGAUGACCUAACGCCAUCAUGUCCGACCAUCAUUGCCACUCAAGCCCCAACAAGUAUGACCAUGCUCGAUUUCUGGACUAUGGUCUACGAAAAUCAGGUGUCAGUUAUUGCUAUGCUGCUUUCAAAGCCACCUGGAAAAGCCAAGUCUGACUUUGUAACAUAUUGGCCAGAGCAGCGAGGUCAAAUCAUGAGACAUGGGCCAAUCUCAGUGACUCUUCAAGCGACCAAGACAACAGAUUACCAUGUGGAACGACUGAUGACCAUAAGCCACAGAGAGACCCGGCAAAUGAAAACGUUUGCACACUUACAGUUCACCGCAUGGCCAGAAUUUGGAGUGCCUUCCAACUCUAGCUCAGUAUUGCAGUUUGUAGGAGAGGUACUCAAUUACCACCGACAGCAGAGGAACACAUCAGUACCAAUCAUUGUUCAUUGCAAUGGUGGUGUUGGAAGAACAGGUACAUUCUGUACCAUCUUGGCAGGAGUCCAGGAGAUCUUGGCAGGUUCUGGAAUCAUUGAUGUUCCACAGAUUAUCAAAAAACAAAGACAGCAAAGAAAGUGGAUGGUCCUAGAAAAGGAACAAUUGUCUUUCUGUUUUGGAGCUAUUUUAAGCUAUGCUGAGCAGGUGCUAACAAAGCGUGAGUAUAUAUGUAUUGCAGUGAUAUUGUGCACCCUCCCUCUAGAGUAUUUAGAACUUUUCAUGUACCAUGGUACAAAUGUACAAGUAUAGUUGCACAAUUUUGAAUGGCAAAUCCAGGAAUGACCAGGGAUGUGUCCUUGUUUUGACCGAAAGAUUAGAAAUUGUCAUUAUUAAAAUAGACUCUAAAACCAAGUGUCCACUUUAUCAUUUCUCUUGCCAUAAUGUACCACACUU